AUGGGCGCAUCAAGCAGCGUUGCCGUCGUGGGGGCUAAACGAAGGAUCUGGACGGGGAGAUGGUGCUCAGCGACAGAUUAUCACAUCGAGACAAACGAUAACACUACCGUCAAAAAUCUGAUAAAUGACACGAUUGUGGAGUUUUAUCUGUCUGACGCGAUUGGGAUCGGCAAAUACGACCAUUUUCGUGCGAAUAACGCUUUCCCACACCGUAUCGCACUAUACCGUCUGCAUCCACCAUGCUAA